AUGGAGUCGCUGAAGGUGCACAAUUCUUUGUCGCCCGGCCAGCCCGUGCCUUUCGAACCCGUCGAGAAAGGGAAAAUUACCUGGUACGCCUGCGGGCCCACAGUCUACGAUAAGAGCCAUCUCGGUCACGCCCGCAACUAUGUGUCGACAGACAUUAUUCGGCGCAUUCUCAUGCACUACUUUGGUGCGGAUCUCAAGUUUGUCAUGAACAUCACCGACGUCGAUGACAAGAUCAUCAUCAAAGCCAGGAGACAACGACUCCUCGACCUCGAGAAGAAGAAGACGUAUACAGAAGAAGAACUCAACAAACUCGCCCUCGCAGCGUUCCGUGCCUAUGCCGAGAAAAGUCUCCCCCUGCUAGUCGCGGCCGACGGCCAGGAGGAGCUCGACGAGAAGAACUACUUUGCACGGCGGGACAAGUGCUACGGAUCAGUGUUGGCAGGCGGAACCCUGUCCGGGGAGGGCAAGCCCGGGGACGACGAGGCCAAGGCCAGGAUGCACAUCAGCAACAUGGACUCGGCGGCAUUUGCCAUUCAAGACAACAAAAUCUUCCCGGGGGCCGACGAAGUGCUGCUGCCCUAUCUCGACUCGCUGUACAAGGAGACGAUCGACACGAGCGACCAGACCAUCUUCACGGACCUCACGCAAAGCAUGGAGCGCCUCUUCUUCGAGGACAUGGACGCCCUGAACGUCCUCCGUCCCGACGUGAUCACGCGCGUCACCGAGUACGUCCCCCAAAUCGCCCAAUUCGUCGAGCGCAUCGUCGACAAGGGCUUCGCGUACGAGUCGGACGGGUCUGUCUACUUUGACAUCUCGGCGUUCGAGAAGGCCGGGAAUACGUACGCGCGACUACGUCCGGGGAACAGGAACGACAAGGCCCUGCAAGAGGACGGGGAGGGUGCGUUGUCCAAGAACCUAGGCGAGAAGAAGAACGAGGGCGACUUUGCGCUGUGGAAGAAGUCCAAGAAGGGAGAGCCGUAUUGGCCGAGCCCUUGGGGCGACGGCCGACCGGGAUGGCACAUUGAGUGCUCGGUCAUGGCGUCGGACAUUCUGGGCGCGCAGAUGGACAUCCACUCCGGAGGCAUUGACUUGGCGUUCCCUCAUCACGAUAAUGAGCUGGCGCAAAGCGAAGCCUACUUUUGCGAACCGGGCAAGGGGGAGCACUCUUGGGUCAGGCACUUCCUGCACAUGGGUCACCUGUCGAUAUCCGGAUCCAAGAUGUCCAAGUCUCUCAAGAAUUUCCAGACCAUCCAGGACGCCCUCGCUACCACGUAUACAUCGAGGAGCAUGCGGGUGGUCUUCUUGCUGGGCAAGUGGAAUGACGGCGUGGAAAUUUCGCCGGAUAUGAGGGCCCAAGGCGCCAGCUGGGAAAGCACGCUCACGAAUUUCUUUUCCAACGUCAAGGCGCUCCUCCGGGACUCCGAGUCUCUGGAAAACGGUGUGAGGUCACUGUCAGUCGCCGGAGAGGGUCCCAAAGAGGGGCUGGCUGCGGACCUCGAGAAGGCACAGAGCGAAAUGCAUACGGCGCUUUCGAAUUCCUUCGACACUCCCCAGGCGAUGCGCAUUAUCCAGGAGCUCGUGGGUACGGCAAACAACUACCUGACAUCCGAGGCCAGUCUUCCUGCGCUGGAAGCCGUUGCUCGGUGGAUUACGAAAAUGGUGGGCAUCUUCGGUCUCGAUGAGAAUGCGCAGGUACCUUACGAUGGCCUGGGCUGGGCUUCCAAGCCUCAAGACGCCAGCGUCGACCUCAAGGAGGCCGCCUCCUUGCCAUCCCACGCCAGUGCUUACCAGACCGUGGUGGCCGAUGUCAAGGCGUUGGACCUGGCUUCAGAUUCGCUCUCGGCGCUCGUCAACGAGCAAGACCCCGACGCGGAAUUCGCGGCGGCAGUAGAACGCGGCGUCCGUGACGUGGAGGAACUGGCGCUGCCGUACGCAAGAGCAGUCUCCAAGCUGCGCGACGAGCUGCGGAGGGCAGUGUCGUCUGCAUCGCCGGACGUGAAGAAGGCGGUUCUGUCGCUGACGGACCGCAUCCGUGACGAGGAUCUGACGAACCUCGGCAUCUACCUCGACGACAGGCCCGAGGGCAAAGCGGCGCUCAUCAAGUUCGUGCCGGCGAGCGAACUGAUCGCCAUGCGCAACGAGAAGCUAGCGAAAGAGGCGGAGAAGGCACGGGCGAAGGAGGAGGCUAAGCGGGCACGCGAACAGGCCGAGAGGGAGAAGUGGGAGAAGGCCAAGGUGUCCCCGACGGAGAUGUUCAAGUCGGACGACAAGUAUGCCGAGUGGGAUGCGGAGGGUUUGCCCACCAAACUCAAGGAUGGCAGCGAGUUGCCGAAGAGCCAAGCCAAGAAGCUACAAAAAGAGUGGCAGAGACAGAAGAAAGCGCACGAAGAAUACUUGACCAAGUUUGGAGGACGGAAAGCUUGA